AUGCUGACCAGGCGGAGUGAGAGCUGUCCGCGGCUGGCACGGAAAGAUUCUUUACAGCAGGCCCAGCCGCUUGCACCGUUGAGCACACCUCCUUCGCGGAGCUGCACAUUGCAGGACUUAGGGCCCGAAGAUAGGCAGAAGGUCGCAAAGCUGCUGAAGCAGGUCGUGGACCUUGGCCAGGACGUGCAGCAGCUCAAGCUACAGCGCGAUGAGCGCAAGGCCCCGAUGCAGUUUUCAUAUCCCUCCUCAUACCACAUUUGCAGGCUUAAGAGGAAGCUAGCUCAGGUGGCAGCACUAGAAGCCACGCAGCAACCUUCAGUUCAAAAACUGCAAUGUACAACGGAGGUGCAAACGGAUCCUGUCAACAUGCUCGCACUUGCAGAAGCACGAAGCUCAACUGCAUCCAACGUGCACGCAGCACCGUUUCUGCAGCUGCCUCCAGCAAUUCCUGUUGCUGCUGCUCAGCCCGCUGGCCACAUGCUCGAGCCUGAUGGCAAUACCGCCGACAAUACUGCCGCACAGCGAGCGUCCCUCGUUACUUCACCCAGCGGCCCGCCGUUCCUCCACGUUGCACCGGGCGCGCAUGUCAACAUAACCAUCAACCAUGUGCCUGAGCCGGCCGCAGUAACAGCAGCAGCAGUAGCAUCUGGAUCAGCGUCUGGCGCAGUAACAACAGCGGCAAACCCUGCAGGCCGCGUGGGGGCGUUGGCUGGCAACUCCAACAAAAACAUCGGCAUCCUAGAGGCCGGCUCCGAAGCCGAACCCACCCAAGCGAUCUCGCCAGCCCACAGUCCGCAACGAGGCUGUAUCGAGGGGGCCGCGUCCACGCUGGCAGCUCUCCAGGACGGCUGCACCGCCAGCGAGAACGGCUCCGUGAAUGUCACCUCGCCGGCCGCACCAGCCAUGAUUGCCAUACCCACAACUACAGCAGCAGCCUCGGUCGUAGCCGCAACGUCCUCUGUUAUCGCUGUGGGCCCUCGAUCAGAGGCAGCGAUGCCAGAGGUGUCUACAGGUAGCUGUACAGCAGUGGGUGCACCCGCAUCUACAUCCGAUUGGGUGCGGGCCGCUGCCAGCUGGUCCGUACAGCAGCAGGCAGCUGCGGCGGGAAGGGAAGCACACGAUUACGGCUUGGGCAUGGGCACGGUGCCGAGAGCACCACCACGGCCAGCCACAGCUGCGGCGUCGGGGCCGUCCGCGUCCAUGUGUGGCAAACCGGCUGGGCCGCGGUGCGUCCUGGUGGAUGCCACCAUGCAGCGCUUCGAGGCCGUACCUGUGCAUGAGGUCCGAGUCGACAGCCGCGAGGUCCUCACAGCUUCGCCGAUGAUCGUGCCACCCUGCGACGAGGUGGUGGCUGCGGCAUCACGCCUCUUAGGUUGGCAGGUGCAGCAUGGCUUUGCUGCUGCUGCGGAAGAAGGAUCCUGCGCCGGGAGCGCGCCUUCGACCAGCGCAAGGGAUUCACGCUCGGGGCGCAAGGUGCUUAGCUAUGACCCAGCCAUUGGCCAGAGCGGCGCCUUCUACUUCGUGGACGUGCCUGACGUGGCUGGAGAGCAAGUAGGUGGUUUGGGUGGCCCAACACAACCCUCCGGCAGGCCUCCUAUCCCUCCGCCCUGCGUUGACAUGGUUGCAUCUGUGGCAUCCACGCCCGCUACGGAGCGUGCUAGGGGUUCGGGUUCGGGUGGCGGUCCUCAACUGGCAUCCUGCCAGACGGCGUCGAUCUAUGAGGCCGAGGCAACUCUCCGACAAUGGUCAGACACACACGAUGCCGUACCAGCCAUCGCCCGCGUCAGCGGUUCUGCGCCUGCAACUACGCAGCAGCACCAGCACGCCCACGCCCACGCGCAUCCGCGGCCGCAUCCACACCAGCAACAUUAUCGCCACCAGCUCCACAAGCAUCCGGUUCAGCAGCUGCAGCACCAGCAGGAAUUGCUGGUUUUGGAGCGCCCGACGCCAGCAAGUCCGUGCAGCUCCUAUACGACAGACACCACAAUUACUAUGAUGACACCAUCCAUGCCUCACGGCAUGCAAACGCCGCCGCCGGUACCCGGAUACAAUGAAACGCCUGCCAGCAGCAGCAUGAGCCUGUCUCGAAUGGCGAUGGCACUUGAUGAGAUGGCGCGCCGGCAGCGCUGGGAUGUGCAACCGCCAGGUUGUGUGGCACAGCAGCAGGAGCAGCAGCAGCACGAGGGAGCAGGUGCAGCACAAGCGGCCCCGCCUAGAGCCUCUGGGAAUGGGUCUCAUGUGGUGGGGCCUGGUGCGGGACAUAUGCGGCUUGGCGCCCUGGGCCAUGGCGGCUUUGGGGUUGCUGCAGGGCCAGGACCCACCCAUGGUUGCCGCAAGCUCCGUGACUCGUUCAGCGUGCGGGGCCCCCUGCCAGCGCAGCAACAGCAGCAUCUGCACGGACUCAGGCACGGAAGCGGGGUUUCAGCUGCUGCCGCAGCAGCAACGCUGUCGGCGACGGGGGCGAUAGCAGUGGCAACUGCAGCGAGCAGCCCGCUACAUUCAGCGACGGAGGCGGCAGUGACCUCAAUGGACGCCAUGUCCACUUGCGGCAGCUCCACGCAUUGGUUCGGCGGGUGCGAUGUGGCUGAACGUUAUGACGACUCGUUGGUGGAUAUCCUGUCACAGGCAGAUGAGGAGUUGGAGUAUCAGCAACAGCAGCAGCCGCAGCGUUGGCGCCGGAGGCCACAUUCGCGGCCGCAUCGGCUGCCAUCGCAGCCAGCAGCUGCAAAGGCCGCACCUGUCAUGCCCGCACGCUUGCACGCGGCGUCGGCGGUGGUGGCGGAGGGGGCUGGCCCACUUUUAGAAACAGUACCGACGAGGGCAAAACUGCAUGCCGCCUCCGCGGAGGCUCUCCUUGCGGCGAACCUGUACGAGGAGAACGACGUCUUCAGCGUCAUCCUGGAACAGGAGGGCCAAGCGUGA